UUCGUAACCUCCGAUUCUUCUCUCUCCAAACAAACAAAACGACGCCAACGCCACCGCACCAAACAAACAUAUAUGCUCACAACUCACAGCAAACAGAAGAAAGAAAAGACACAGAAAGAGAGGGGAGGAGAGAGAGAGAGCUUUGUAACCGAUUCUACAAUGGAAUCUGAGUCCCAGAUCUUCGAGAAACCCUAGCUUUUUUCGUCAAGAUUCUCUCCCAUUCCUCCAAGAACCGCUUCUAGCUCUCUCUUCACUUCACCUCCAUCGCCGCACCUCUUUUGCUCGUCUUCUUCUUCACCUCCGUAUCCGAUCGAGCUCUUUUGUCUUGCUCGGCGAAGUGCCAGAAGCUCCGGUGCUCGCUCUUACAGCUCUGCAAUAUUUCGGCGGUUCGGUGCCGGUUCGCGCCGCAUUUCCGAUUCCAGCAAGUUUCCGGUGAGACUCAGAGAGGAAAGAGAGAGCGAGCUUAGGGCUAGGACCUGCGGUGAUUGAUCGGAUUGUUGAUUGUGGUUAUGGUGUAGUGGAUGAGUAUUAUGGACGAUAGAGGAGGCUCAUUUGUCGCUGUUCGGAGGAUUUCUCAAGGUCUCGACCGUGGCAACACCUGCCAUUCUACUUCUGCUGAGGUUGUGGCAGGAUCAGCAGCAUGGCUUGGACGAGGUCUUUCUUGUGUCUGUGCACAGAGAAGAGAGAGUGAUGCUCGUCCUUCCUUUGAUUUAACCCCUGUCCAGGAGGAAUGCCUGCUGAGACUACAGAGCCGGAUAGAUGUUCCCUAUGAGAGUUUAGUCCCUGAGCAUCAGGAAGCUUUGAGGGCCUUGUGGAAUGCUGCCUUUCCUGAAGAAGAACUUCGUGGUUUAAUAUCUGAGCAAUGGAAGGAAAUGGGUUGGCAAGGGAAGGAUCCAUCAACAGAUUUUAGGGGUGGUGGUUUUAUAUCAUUGGAGAAUUUGUUGUUCUUUGCUAGGAAUUUCCCGAAAUCUUUCCAGGAUCUUCUUCGAAAGCAAGAAGGUGAUAGGUCCGUGUGGGAAUACCCAUUUGCUGUUGCUGGUGUGAAUAUAACAUUCAUGCUUAUUCAGAUGCUUGAUCUUGAAGCCGUCAAACCACGAACAUUGGUGGGAGCUACUUUCUUGAAGUUUCUUGCAGAAAAUGAAUCAGCGUUUGACCUUAUAUAUUGCAUCACAUUCAAGCUAAUGGACCAUCAAUGGCUUUCUAUGCGUGCAUCAUAUAUGGAUUUCAACACGGUGAUGAAAUCCACACGCCGGCAGUUGGAAAAAGAGCUUCUGUUUGAAGACAUAACACGGCUGGAAGACUUGCCUUCUUAUGGCCUUCUUUCCCGAUAGCGUAGAAGCUUCUUCUAGAAUCUAUAAAAUGGUCUGUCACAGCUAGUUACAUGAUCACCGGAAACACUCUUAUUUCUAACUGGAUGGUGUUUGUACAUGACAUGAUGUUUCCAAAAUUUGCUUGCUGCAAGUCUGCAUUUUGUCAUUGAUUCUUGGAAAGGGUUUUUGGUGUUUAAUGGAUCGAGUUUGUUAGAAGCUGGAACCAAGUGUGAUGUGAUUCAGGUUUGAAAUACGGAAUAUAAUCUCGUAAAUUUGGGGUAAGACCAGAGCGAUACUACUCUCAGUUCUCCCACGGCCAACGGGAUGCUAUACAUAUGUAGAGGUAUGAUUGGUAAUUUGGUAGAAUAUCUAGGAAUGUGGAAUGGAAUGGGAUUCUGUUUGGCUUUAACUUUUGAGUGCUUUCUGAAAUAUUAUUAUUUGACCAACUGAGAAAUGAUCCUUGGUGGGCACGGUACUCUUAUGCCUGAAAGCGCCCGUUUAAAAGUCUUGUAUUUCUGCCUGACAAAUGGAGAUGGAAAUUGUUCUCUCUUUUGGACGUAUGCAGAAAGAAUUUUCUUAUUUUUUCCAUCUAGUUUGCGUUUUAAUUGCGAAUCCUAGAA